CGUCCCAUUUAUCCUCUCUAUAAUAUCUCCUGCAUUUUUUUUCAGUUACAGUAUCGUGUGCGCAACUGCAACAACACUCCGGUGAAGUUCACCAUGGCUACAUGUUUCCGAGCACCAAUAUCCAUGCCUACUUCCAUGCCCGCUUCCCCAUCUUACUCUCCUCCAACAAGAUUGAAAACUCUUAGAACCCUUAAUGCAAUAGGAAAAUCCAAAAUCCCCAUGCCCCCUUUCAACCCUAAUGACCCCUUUCUCUCCAAACUCGCUUCCGUCGCCGCUUCUUCCCCUGAGACUCUCCUCAAACCUGCCUCCAAUCCCGAUAAUCUUCCUUUAUUGGACAUUUUCGAUUCCCCUCAACUCAUGGCCACUCCCGCUGAAAUUGAAAGUUAUGCUUCAUCCAACCAUCAGCGCCGCCCCAGAAGGCCACCACCUGACCUGCCUUCAUUGCUGCUCGAUGGUCGGAUUGUUUACAUUGGCAUGCCUUUGGUGCCGGCUGUCACAGAGCUUGUCAUUGCGGAGCUUAUGUUCUUGCAGUGGAUGGAUCCUAAAGCACCGAUAUAUGUUUACAUAAACUCCAGCGGGACUACACGGGCAGAUGGAGAAACGGUGGCAAUGGAGACAGAAGGUUUUGCCAUUUAUGAUGCAUUGAUGCAGAUGAAAACCGUGAUACACACUGUGGCUAUUGGUCUUGCUAUUGGUCAUGCAUGUUUACUACUUUCAGCAGGGACUCCUGGCAAACGCUUUAUGACACCCCAUGCAAAAGCCAUGAUUCAGCAGCCUCGUGUUCCACCAAUUGGGUUGAGACCUGCAUCUGAUAUUCUUAUUCAUGCAAAGGAGGUGAUAUGUAACAGGGACACUUUAGUUGAACUACUGGCCAAACAUACGGGAAAUUCUGUGGAGAAAGUUGCUAAGGUAAUGCAGAGAUCAUAUUACAUGGGCCCGUCAUUGGCAAAGGAAUUUGGGGUCAUUGACAAAAUUCUUUGGCGUGGCCAGGAGAAGCUUAUGAGUGUUCGAGAAGACCGGGAAAAUGGUACUGCUUCUGGUGUUAAAGUUGAAAAUAGAUUUUAGUUCCUCUUUUGGAUACAUAUCUUGCUCAUGUUAGAGAUGUACCCGGACCCUAAUGCCAUGUGUAGGAGAUUUCUGAUUUUCUUAUAUUUUUUCAACAUUUUCAAAACUAUCCAGGGCUCCUAGGGAUGUUACGCACCUGUUCACUGAAAAGUGAAAACUGUAGUUAUCAAAAAAGCUCUAUUCCACAGAAGGCAUGACUGAUCAAACAAGAAAACAAUAGUGUGAUCAUUCAUCUAUGUGGUCAUUAUAGUGUAUGGUUUGCUUAUGAUCAUAUUCGUCUUGUCUUUCACAUUCUUUCA